UUCACCCAGUUCUUCUGCUUCUGCUUCUCUUCUCUUCCACCGAGAGCCUGAAGCCGCAGCCCGUGCUCCGCCAUGGCUGCGCUGUCGGGAGGAGAGAUGUGCGUCAAGUACCUGAUGUUCGCCUUCAACCUGGUGUUCUGGCUUGCAGGCACCGCUGUCUUUGCUAUCGGCCUUUGGCUGAGAUUUGACCCAAAGACCAAAGGCCUGUUUGAAGGACCAGACUCUCCAUAUGUGUUCUACACGGGUGUAUACAUCCUGAUAGCAGCUGGAGCACUAAUGAUGCUGGUGGGCUUUCUGGGAUGUUGCGGGGCCAUCCAGGAGUCCCCUGCUAUGCUUGGACUGUUCUUUGGCUUCCUGCUCAUCAUAUUUGCCAUAGAGGUGGCAGCUGGAAUCUGGGGAUUUUCCAAUCAAAGCAAGGUGGUGAACGACAUCACAGCAUUUUACAUGCAGACCUACAACAACUACAAGACGACGGGAGAUGAGCGCCUCAAAGAAACACUGCGAUUGAUUCAAGCAGGGCUGAACUGCUGCGGACCAACUGGUGUUGCAGAAGACGCUGCCAAAGACACCUGUCCCAAAGGGGACCUGCUUGCGGAGCUCAUUACUAAGAGCUGUCCCGACGCCAUCGAUGACGUUUUCGAUUCCAAACUACACAUCAUAGGAGGAGUGGGCGUCACCAUUGGGAUUAUUAUGAUGUUUGGAAUGAUCUUUAGCAUGCUCCUGUGCUGCGCCAUCAGGAAAUCCCGGGAGGUGGUGUGACACCCAGCACGCACACCACACGUCGUUGUUAAUGUUGCAUGAUGUCAUUCCUAGGGUCCCAGACUCUCCACUUCCAAUAGAAACACUGCUUGUUCAAAGGGGAUAACAUAAGUAUAGACUGGGUGCUGAUAUUUCUGUUGUUUGUGAGAUUAUUGGUCAGUUCUUGCUGUACUCUCAACACGCUGCUGUACACUCCUGACUUUUCUGGACUAGAUAAGUGCGAUGUGGUGUUUUGGCCCAACUAUAUAACGAGUGUCAUCUGUGCUAAAGUAGCAAAGUAGUAAAGAAAUGUUUUAUCUGUGGUCACUUGAUUGAAAUUAGUGUUUUGUGAACCGCUUAUUAUCGAAACAAAGAAUUAUAUUAUUAUCUACUGAUCACAUUUCUACAGCUACUACUCAAGGUCACUCACAAGAAGAGUCAUUCUGGUCCAGGGCCACAGAAAAAGGCCACCAGCACCACUUUAGCACCAAACAGAAGCAGCCAAUGAAAUUCUAAGAUUGCUGUUUUCUGACAACACUGACUUCAAAUCAUGGUGAUGAGCAGCCAGUUCACUGCUGAGCUGUGAACUGCUGUGGCAGGUUUUUAUUUCUCUCAACUUUUUGAUAUGUAUUUGUGCAGCGUCUCAGUUUCUUUGGUGUAAGGAAUCUUUGUUCAUUCCUUUCCUUACUUCCCCUUCCUCUCCUCAUUCGUACUUGUUUAAAACAGCCUUCAUUAUUUUUGGUCACAUUUUGUAAAUGUUGCUUUUGUUUUUUUAUCUGCAAAAAAUGUGUAAUCUUCGAUGUUUAAAUGGUACGUGUGGUUCUAUUGUGUAUUUUAUAAGGUCCAUUUCAUUUUACAGAGACUUGCUUGAUUUAUACCAUAUGCACUAUGUUUCACAGAGACAAAAAUGAUUGAGAACCAAAUAAACAAAAUGUACUAAA